GUCGUAGCCGUGGCCAGAAUCAAAAUCUAUACACAAUGAACUGUAUGUUUGAAGGCGAGUAUGCAACCAUCAAUACAACAUACCAGUUUAAAUGGUUGUGGUACAAAAACAAAAUAGAGAUCAGACGCUCUGAACAUUUCCGUUUCUAAAUUAAAAGCGCAUGUGGCAAAAAACUACCUAUGCUUGGCCACGUACCUACUCACGUAGUUUAUAAUUUAUUUAAUUUACAUUAUCAAUAUUUGUUAUCAUAUUAUCUCUGGCAGACAGAUUAGUCGUCACUUAUUAUUUUCUUUUCAUUGAUUGUUUUAUCUAUUUGUAUGCCACAGAAUUGGUCGGUAUACCGUAUACACCUGAUGAUAAUUAUAUAUUCAGCACAUUCAGCAGAACACCUGUAAAAGUGAAUAUCUAUACUCAUAUCUAGAAGAAAGUAAAAGUACCUAGAUACCUGUUUCGUUUCUACUUAAUUCACGCUGCAUGUGAAAUAAUUAACAACCAGUUUGAGUUCGAACCAAAUCUAUUUGAUAGUUUACCAAUAUUCGUAACAGAAUAUGAAUCUCAAUUGUGGUGCUAAAACUAUAAAGUAUCUGAUUUUAACAUUCAACUUCCUGUUUUUGAUCACAGGUAUAAUUCUUGUUGGAGUAGGAGCGUCGAUAAAAGCCUACUAUACUCAGUAUGAUCUCUUUCUGGAUGCCAAAUAUUUCACUUUGCCGAACCUAUUCAUAGCCACAGGAUCUUUGAUAUUUAUCAUUUCAUUUUUGGGCUGCUAUGGGGCCAUGAAAGAAAGUUGGAUUCUGCUCUUGACCUAUUCUUUUCUUCUGGGGAUCAUAUUUAUCUUCGAGUUUUCUGCUGGUAUAGCAGGAUAUGUACUGCGGGACAAGACUUCAAGUUACUUAGAAUCCACAAUGCUGGAGAACAAAAAAUUAUAUGGCAAUAAAGAUUAUGAAGCGAUUACGAAAAUGUGGGAUAUUAUUCAAGCAGAGUUUCAAUGCUGUGGUGUUACCAGCUUAAGCGACUGGCAAAACGUCAACAAUAUGACAGAUAAUAAGCUGCCACUUUCAUGUUGUCCCUCUAAAUAUGGGACUAUAGCUGAUUUUCAUUGCUACGCAAAUACAACAAGCUCUCCCACUAGUCCCACUGCUACUACUGCUACUAGUACUACUAGCGAAUUGGAAUCUACUACUGAUGGUGAAUCAUCGACGAUAACUACCACUAAUUCUACGCCGACUACUGAUUCUACGACUGCGACUAAUUCUACGGCUUCUACUAAUUCUACGGCUACUACUAAUUCUACGAGUACUACUAAUUUUACGAUUACGACUAAUUUUACGACUACUACUAAAUCUACGACUACUACUAAUCCUAUGCCAGCUACUAAUUCUACGACUACGAAUAACUCUACGGCUAACGCUAAUUCUACUGCGUCUACUACUUAUUCUACUGCGCCUACUAAUCGAAUCGCUGCUACUACCAUAACCGGAUUAACUUCUGUACCAACUCCCAAGGAAAUAAAGUCAUUCUUCCCAGAUUCGACUACUACUACUACUACUCCUCCAUACGAAAUUGGGUGCAAGGCAGCUUUUGGGGACUACCUGAAAGCUCACGCUGUUGAUAUCGGCGGAGUGGGAUUCGCCUUAGCAGUUAUUCAGCUGAUCGGGAUUGGAUUUUCCAGCUAUUUAUCAAGACAACUGAAGAAUUCGUAUUACAGCACUUAAAACAGUGAUCGGAAUACUAAAUUUUUAAUUAUCAUAAUUCAUAAGUUGUUGAAUCUUUUGUUUUUAUAUUUACUUCCUCACUUAAACCUGAAAACUAAGUCAUAUUCUUGUGUCAUUUAUAUUUA